ACAUUGAAAGCAAUCAAUCAUUAUGUAAUCCUAUCGACAGUUUCUAGUGUUCUACACCUUCAAAACGUUUUAGUAGUUAGUUCAAAUUUAAAAUGCGUGCCGUACACUCCUCAUUGUUUGUAAUUUGUUUGGUGUUGACUGAAACCUCAGCCCGAAAUGGCUUUGGUCCAACUGAUCAAGACUGGGGAUAUGUUCAAGUACGAUCCGAAAGUCACAUGUUUUGGUGGUUACAUUAUGCUACAAUUAAUAAUGCCACCGAAAUUACACGCCCGUUAGUAGUUUGGUUGCAAGGUGGACCUGGGGGAUCUUCGGCUGGACAAGGAAACUUUAUGGCAUCAGGACCUGUAGAUCUAGACUUGAAGCCUCGCUCUUGGGCUUGGACAAAUCGAUAUAACAUGCUUUAUGUGGACAGUCCUAUUGGUGCAGGGUUCAGUUACACCACCAACAAUGGAUUUGCAAAGAACUCCUCAAUGAUUGCAUCGGACUUUGUUGAAUUGAUGAGAGGGUUCUUAAAGGAACACCCGGAAUUUGAAACAGUACCGUUGUUUAUUCACGGGGAGUCUUACGGAGGUAAAUCAGCGGUGUACGUUACUCAAGCACUACUAAAAGCUCAAAAAGAUAAGAAAAUCAAUAUUAAUCUCCAAGGGAUGAGUUUGGUCUAUCCUGCUGUUGCUAGUAUAGCUAGUAUGGAACAUUUAGGAACCAGAUUAUUUUACAUGGGUGCGGUUGAUCAACAAGAGCGUGAUGAGUUCAACGAAGUUGGUAAACAAAUUACUGAAGCCUACUCAUCUGGCGACAUUGAUAAAGCUAACCUACUAACUGACCAAUUACUAGACCGAGCUAUCUUCAAUCAAAGUUUAAGCACCCACGCUGUAACUGACAAUGAUAUUUACGGCACCUUAAACCAAUUUGAAAAAUUAAAUGAGUUGAUGAAUUCCCAAGUGGGUCCUGCCCUCAAUAUUGCAACUGAUUUCGGUGCGCAGAAACCACUGGUACCUCAAAGUCUUACUGAUCUGAGCAUUCAAUGUAUUGACAUUGUGGAAGAAAUUCUGAACACAAGCACCCUGAAAGUUUUUGUCUAUGGUGGCCAAGUAGAUUGGUUGGUCAGCGCCCAUGAAACAUUCCUCUGGGUAAAAGACCUCAAUUGGUCAGGCAAGAAAAACUUCGCAAAGGCUAUGCGUAAAACCAUAGUGGUUAAUGGUGUUCACGAAGGUUACGAAAAAGUCACUGAACGCCUAGGUUUCUUUUGGAUAAAUCGCGCCGGACACCAGCUACCUGGAGAUAACCCGAAUGCCAUGACGUACGCAACAGAAAAGCUCUUUGGUUAGAUAUCACGGAAGCAUGAGCUGCAACGCACCGCAUGCAUAAUGUUACCGUUACAGGUUGUAAAUGUAAUUAAACGCGUAGUAUGCAAGUUGUUUAUCAUGUUGAAAUUCUUCAAAACUUCGUGGAAUCAUUAAAGAACAUUUCGCAGCGUU